CCCGAGUCGCCGUCGCCCAAGCCUAACCGCGCUUCUCUCCUUCUCGAUAACACCUCUCCCUCUCCUCCUUCUCCUUCUUGUUUUGCAUGCCAACGUUCUCUAGUACACUGGUCUAUUGACCACCAUGUGGAUUUUCUGCAUCUUGAUGCUUUCAGCUUCCUUUGCAGACUCGUUCUCAUAGUCUUUUGGAUUCGUGUGAUUUUCCCUCGGGCAGUCUUUCGUAUCUUUUCAUCUACACUAUAUCAACAACCCCGCCCUUAUCUGUCUCGGGUGUCUUUGUUGCUGCAGCGUCUCCGCUCCACGCACCCUAUUGUUCUCAUUGUCAAAUCUUUCAAUGCCAUCGUCUGUUGAGUCCACUUCGAACUGGGAUUUCACGGCGGUGCUCAACCUCCUCCGUACGCCUACCUACGGCAGCGGCUCCCCAGUUGCACCUUAUCGCCACCGUGAUCCUCCCCCUGCUUCCCAGGCUUCCAGAGCUGUAACCCAGGAUGAGUCCACUUCAAGCAGCAUUCAGCCCAGUCAACUGAGCUUGAGCUCCCUUCCUAAACUCGGUGACUUCGGUCCACUCUGGAAUCACUUGGGAGUGUCUGGCAACCUGUCUUCCGGUGCCGACAUUGAGCUUGAGGAUGCACAAGGUUUGUCUCCUGCAUCCUCGCCACCCACCACCAAGAUCGAAAUUCUACAGCGCCCUUCUUCCAAAAACGUGACCUUGGCAACUACCGACCAAGAACUUGCUCGGACGUCACCUAAACCCAUACGAAGCUCGGGGAGAGCUUCCAAAGCUCAAGCCCAGGCUAUAGCUGAAACAUGCAAGGCCAACCACAACGAUGCAUCAACCAAAGCUACGCACGACCUCAGCUCAAGCGAGAGCACCGCAUGUGCGGACUCGGACGGUAGUUUGAGUGUCUUCGAUCCUCCUCUCAGUAUCAAGAAAAGUAUCCUAUCUUUGGUUCCCUCGCAAGUGGGUGCAGCGAGUGCUCUGGUCGAUCCAUACGAGACCCCGCCAUCUUCCUACGACGAGUCGGUGGAGUCUCUGACUUCGAGAGUUGUCAAGUGCCAUUCUAACCCCGACCCGCUACGUAUCCAGCCCAUCAGUUACAAGUCGACUACGGAACGGAGAAUUGGUCUCUUGACCAAGUUGUUGAAAAACUUCCCGGACUAUGCCAACAUUGUCGCCCAAGCAAAUCGGCCUGCGAUCUCCAAGAGGGACAAGACUUCAAUCCCCCCUAUUCACGUGUUUGUGGAUAUGUCUAAUAUUAUGGUCGGCUAUCACGAUACCGUGAAGCUCUCUCGUAAUAUUCCCGUCAAGACGCGCAUUCGACGCUUACCGUUGUCUUUCCAGAAUUUCUCUUUGAUUCUUGAGCGCGGGCGGCCCACCGCCAAGAGAGUCUUGGUUGGGUCUGACCGGUUUGCUGCCAUCCGUGAAGGGGAACAGCUCGGUUACGAAACGAACAUCCUGGAUCGUGUGCAUAAGGUCAAGCACAUGACUGCCCGUCAAUUGAAGUUUCGAAAGAAUCAUCGGACGGGUCCCCACGACUCCGGUAGUGGUUCGGAAACGAACGAAGGGCCGGAGGAGCGUUGGGUCGAGCAAGGUGUGGACGAAAUUCUACAUCUGAAGAUUUUGGAAAGUCUGCUGGACACAGACGAACCCUCCACCAUCGUCCUUGCCACGGGAGAUGCGGCGGAAGCCGAGUUCUCGGGCGGAUUUAUGAAGAUGGUGGAGAGGGCAUUGCGACGCGGGUGGACCGUGGAACUGGUUAGUUUCACUCAGGUAACUAGCUAUGCUUAUCGUAGGAAGGACUUUCGCGCAAAAUGGGGAAGUCAAUUCCGCAUUAUAGCGUUGGAUGACUACAUCGAGGAGCUCCUCGAUAUGUGAUAAUCACUAGUAUCUUAUGUCAUGCACUUACGCACGAGCAUUCAGUUUUC